AUGUUUUGGUUCCUCGCGCGUCUGGGGAACGCCCCGUGGACGCGGAAUGCCAUCAUGAACUCGGGUCGCGCGUUACGACGCUACGAGGGCGGACGCUACGAGGACGGACGCUACGAGGGCGGACGCUACGAAGACGUACGCUACGAGGGCGGACGCUACGAGGGCGGACGCUACGAGGGCGGACGCUGCGAGGACGGACGCUGCGAGGACGUACGCUACGAGGGCGGACGCUACGAGGGCGGACGCUACGAGGGCGGACGCUACGAGGGCGGACGCUACGAAGACGUACGCUACGAGGGCGGACGCUACGAAGACGUACGCUACGAGGGCGGACGCUACGAAGACGUACGCUACGAGGGCGGACGCUACGAGGGCGGACGCUACGAGGACGGAUGCUACGAGGGCGGAAGCUACGAGGGCGGACGCUACGAGGGCGGACGCUACGAGGACGGACGCUACGAAAACGUACGCUACGAGGACGUACGCUACGAGGGCGGACGCUACGAAGACGUACGCUACGAGGGCGGACGCUACGAGGGCGGACGCUACGAGGGCGGACGCUGCGAGGGCGGACGCUGCGAGGGCGGACGCUGCGAGGACGUACGCUACGAGGGCGGACGCUACGAGGGCGGACGCUGCGAGGGCGGACGCUACGAGGGCGGACGCUACGAGGGCGGACGCUACGAGGGCGGACGCUACGAGAGCGGACGCUACGAGGGCGGACGCUACGAGGACGGACGCUACGAGGACGGACGCUACGAGGGCGGACGCUACGAGGGCGGACGCUACGAGGGCGGACGCUACGAGGGCGGACGCUACGAGGACGGACGCUACGAGGGCGGACGCUGCGAGUACGGACGCUACGAGGGCGGACGCUACGAGGACGGACGCUACGAGGGCGGACGCUACGAGGACGGACGCUACGAGGACGGACGCUACGAGGGCGGACGCUACGAGGGCGGACGCUACGAAGACGUACGCUACGAGGGCGGACGCUACGAGGGCGGACGCUACGAGGGCGGACGCUACGAGGGCGGACGCUGUGAGGGCGGACGCUGCGAGGACGUAUGCUACGAGGGCGGACGCUACGAGGGCGGACGCUACGAGGGCGGACGCUACGAGGGCGGACGCUACGAGGACGGACGCUACGAGGGCGGACGCUACGAGGGCGGACGCUACGUACGCUACGAGGGCGGACGCUACGAGGGCGGACGCUGCGAGGGCGGACGCUGCGAGGGCGGACGCUGCGAGGACGUACGCUACGAGGGCGGACGCUACGAGGGCGGACGCUACGAGGGCGGACGCUACGAGAGCGGACGCUACGAGAGCGGACGCUACGAGAGCGGACGCUACGAGGGCGGACGCUACGAGGGCGGACGCUGCGAGAGCGGACGCUACGAGGGCGGACGCUACGAGGACGGACGCUACGAGGACGGACGCUACGAGGGCGGACGCUACGAGGGCGGACGCUACGAGGGCGGACGCUGCGAGGGCGGACGCUGCGAGGACGGACGCUACGAGGGCGGACGCUACGAGGACGGACGCUACGAGGGCGGACGCUACGAGGACGGACGCUACGAGGACGGACGCUACGAGGGCGGACGCUACGAGGACGGACGCUACGAGGGCGGACGCUACGAAGACGUACGCUACGAGGGCGGACGCUACGAAGACGUACGCUACGAGGGCGGAUGCUACGAGGGCGGACGCUACGAGGGCGGACGCUGCGAGGACGUAUGCUACGAGGGCGGACGCUACGAGGGCGGACGCUACGAGGGCGGACGCUACGAGGGCGGACGCUACGAGGACGGACGCUACGAGGGCGGACGCUGCGAGGACGGAUGCUACGUACGCUACGAGGGCGGACGCUACGAGGGCGGACGCUGCGAGGGCGGACGCUGCGAGGGCGGACGCUGCGAGGACGUACGCUACGAGGGCGGACGCUACGAGGGCGUACGCUACGAGGGCGGACGCUACGAGAGCGGACGCUACGAGAGCGGACGCUACGAGGACGGACGCUACGAGGGCGGACGCUGCGAGGGCGGACGCUACGAGGGCGGACGCUGCGAGGGCGGACGCUGCGAGGACGGCGGACGCUACGAGGGCGGACGCUACGAGGGCGGACGCUACGAGAGCGGACGCUACGAGGACGGACGCUACGAGGACGGACGCUACGAGGACGGACGCUACGAGGACGGACGCUACGAGGACGGACGCUACGAGGGCGGACGCUACGAGGACGGACGCUACGAGGGCGGACGCUACGAAGACGUACGCUACGAGGGCGGACGCUACGAGGACGGACGCUAA